CGUGAUCCCAAUCACGUGACCCCUCCAAGAUGACGCUUGGCGGAACUGUAGUUUAGACCUGCAAAUUUUUGUAAUAUAAACAAAGUAGUGGAUCGUUUAGUUUAGUAAGUAAGUCUUAAAUAUUUCCUUUGAUAAAUCUCUCUUCAGAUCGCAGCCAUGGCGCUCAGCGAUGCCGCCGUACAGAAACAGAUCAAACACAUGAUGGCCUUUAUUGAGCAGGAAGCCAAUGAGAAGGCAGAAGAAAUAGAUGCAAAGGCAGAAGAAGAGUUUAAUAUCGAAAAAGGACGACUGGUACAGACUCAGAGGUUGAAGAUAAUGGAGUACUAUGAGAAAAAAGAGAAACAGAUUGAACAGCAGAAGAAAAUUCAGAUGUCAAAUUUGAUGAACCAGGCCAGACUGAAGGUACUCAAAGCGCGUGAUGACAUGAUUAAGGAUCUCCUUAAUGAAGCACAACAACGGAUGGCCAACAUUGCCAAAAACCCAAAUGAGUACCCAGCACUGCUGGAGGGGCUGGUGUUACAGGGAUUUUAUCAGCUGUUGGAGCCCAAGGUUAUAGUUUGGUGCAGAAAGGAAGAUGUAGCGAUGGUGCAGGCUGCUGUUAAGAAAAACAUCCCCAUCUACAAAGACACAGUAAAGAGUAAUAUUGAAGUGCGCAUUGACGAAAACAACUUCCUGUCCCCUAACAUCUCAGGAGGUGUUGAAGUCUAUAACGCCGAUGGCAAAAUCAAGGUGUCCAACACACUGGAGAGCAGACUGGACCUUCUAGCACAGCAGAUGAUGCCUGAGAUCAGAGUGCAACUGUUUGGUGCCAACCAAAACCGCAAGUUUAUGGACUAAUGCUCUGGUACUAAAUGUGCUUUAGUGGUUUUUUGGAGAACGCUGAAAUUCAAGAGCCCUGAUUAAGUGACAAAAAUGUUUGAUGGGACGUUUUUUUUUUUUUUUAAGGUCAGUUUCUGUUGCAAUUCAGGAAAUUCAACUGAUCAUGUUUCAGUAAUAAUUUGCUUUCUCUUUUUCUUUUGUGUUUUUCUUUAAAAAAGAAAAAAACAAGCCGAAGAAAGUGGUUUAAAAUUAAAGGCUUAUCAUGUGUGCUUAUGUUACCUUAUACCUCUCCUUUGAGUGUUUAUUUAGCGCUUUCUGUUAAUCAUGUCAUCUGUAGUGAAAGUGGACACCUGAUAUCUUUUCUCAGCCUGUUUGAACAAAAAGCUUUAAGCACUCUUAAGGAAUUGACAUUGUUUUUGCUUUGAAUGCCAUUAGCUAAGCUAGCAGCCUAUCAGGCUUUCCCUGGAGAGGGGAAACCCUCAUUCAGUGUCUUUAAAAAAAAUAUGGAUGCCUCUGUGCUUGUUUGUGUGUUUUCAUUUGUAGUACAACUGCAUCGUAGUACAGAGGAAUAAAUCAGAUAUAUUUUAUUUAUAUUUUAAGCAUUUCUGUGCCCAUUACAAUAUAAACAAAACAUUGCUAGUUGGUUACAUCAAGUCAGAAAUCUGACAGAUGCUACAUAUACCUCAAACAUUAAAAAUACUCAAAUACAUUAGAUGCAAAUUAGCAUUAGUUGUGGUGCACAAACAAUGUUUUGCAUAAUCAAAUGACUUCUGAUCAUGUUUUCAAGAAACUUUAAAAUACAAAAGCUCUUCAGUGAUUUAAUAAACAGGGAGGCCUGUAUCAGUCGUGCAUAUUUAAUACAGAUGUUGUUCAUUACAGUUAUUUAGUAUAACAUAUGAAUAUGAAACCUCUGAGAUAUUUAUUUUGUCGCAGAAAUCAAGUCUUGUCUUUCAGGUAUAUGCCACUACAUAUGUUUAAAAAAUAUCUCUUUCUAGGUAUUAUUAAAAUAUUGUACUUGAAACAGAAAUAUCUUACAUUUGUCUGCUAUUGUUGUUUCUUUUUACAGAAGUACACUCAUAAUUAAACUAUUCAAGAUCUAA